GAGACUGACCUACCCCCUUUUUUUGUUGAAUUGUAUCUACGUUUUAAUUGGGUGAAACCAGUCAAUUUGAAAAUAAAUGAUAGUGUAGGUAUUGCAAUUGACAGACAAUGAUUCGCAUCAGGCAAUCGCAUAUUGCAUUCAAAGUGUUGAAACAUCCCUUUGUAGUUACCCCACAGAGAUUAGUUGCUUUAAACAAUAGGAGGAACUAUAUAAUUCCUCCUCAUGAACGAAAUAAAUUUGGAAAUAAUGAUGAUCGACAGGUGAUAAUAGAUGGAAUCCAAAACUCGAUGCUUGAAAAUAAUGGGCGUAAACUUCGAUUUAGGACUGUAGUUGGCUUAGUGGUUGGCUCAUUUGUAACCACAUUGUCAUUAUAUGUAGCAGUGCAGGUUUGGCAAUUACAAAAUGAAGAGAUAAGUCAUAAUGGGGAAAAUUCCAAAAGAAUAUUUUUACCGCUUUGGUUAAAUCUUAAUUGGAUAUACACAACCAAAUAUGAGUUCCCCAAUGAUUUACAAUAUUUGGAUAAAUCAUACUUUGAAUAUUGGAACUCAGAAUUAAGUCAAUUUAAAACCAAUGAUAAAUUAUUAAUUGAUUUACAAAAUGAGAAUAUCAAAUAUAAAAUAUUGACAAUAAUGUCAUCGAACCGGACAAUUAGAAAGCUCUUAAGAUUUCCAUUAACAUUGGAAACAUUAGAAGAUAAUUCUGAUAGAUUUCAAAUAUGGAUAGAAACUAAGUGUCCAACAAUAUCUGGGAUUGAAAUUGAUUUGAAAAAAUCAAAUGAUAAUUCAAGUUUAUUCAAGAAAUUGAAUUGGUGUAUCAAACCAUUGAAUUUCAAAUCUAUAAUUGAAGGUGCACUCGUACAAGUUGGGUUAAAAUUAGAUCGAUUAGAAAGGUCUGCUGCAAAUAACAAGACACAUGAAAGAGCUAGCGGUAAAGUACACGAAGUUCCAAUUACUGAGCCAAUGACCCAUCAUUUAGUUUUAAAUUCUCGUAAAGAUUAUGAUGUCGUUUUUGAAGGUGAGGUUUUGUUGGCAGAUAAUGAGAAGAUUAAUGAUCUUUCAUCAAGGGGAAGACUACUCUACAAGGGAACAAUUGAUUUUGAUCAUCUUUUAAUAAAUAGAGGCGUGAAAAUUUUGGAACUUAGUUUAUUACUACCAGAUCAAGGUAAUGAAAAGGGUUAUAUGGUAUAUAAGUUGUUAUAAAAUAAGAUAAAAGAGU